AUGAAAGGGAGACAGCAGCGGAAGUGGUGCGGCUCUUGGCGCAGCGAAAAGAAAUCCGAACUGAUGGUGUUCCAGCGCCGUCGCCUACCAAACCGCCAAAAAUUCCUCGAGGACCAGAAGGCCCAGGUUGAAAGUAGGGCCCUAGAGAAGUUUCAGACUCGUGAUUGGAAAGCGGGUGAUAUCUACGCUCCCCAUGAUCUCAGUCCGGCAGAAAUGAAGAAGUGGAGAAAGCGCCAGGGCCCGGCAGCAGAUGCCUUUGACGCUUUGAACAUGAAUCCGCUUGAUCUUUACAAGGUUCGCUUGGAACCCAGAACGCUAUGCUCUCGUUCUCAUUCGAACGCAAAGACGCAGUAG